AUGAUUUUCUUAAUGUUUACUUCGCUGCUGGAGCAUGGGAGCGCCGUUGCAGGGAUCCCCAUGCUGUACCCCCUCAGUACUCUCUGUAAGUUCUGUGACGUGGAGCUGUCGUCCUGCAACGGGACCGGGACCUGUGUGACCAACUGCGGCAUCACCUCCAUCUGCGCCCACCACACAGAGGUCUGCGUCGCUAUAUGGAGGAAAAAUGAGACCAGCUCCUCCAUCGAGACUCUGUGCCAUGAACCAACCAUUUCUCUGUACGGAGUGAUGCUAGACGACUACAACAGCUCCACGUGUGUGAUGAAGGAGAAAAACACGACCGGAGGAGCCGCCUACAUCUGCUCCUGCUCUAAGGACGAGUGCAACGACAGGCUCUCAUUCCCGCCCAUUGUUGAUGCCACCGAGGAGACCCAGUUCCUCUCCGUGAUCCUGGUCAGCCUGCUGCCGCUGCUGCUGGUGGGGCUGGUGGUGCUGGGCAUGUUCUACUGGUACACAGUGUCCCGUCAGCGCCUGAGCCCGGACUGGGACAGCGCGGUGAAGAAAAGGAAGGUGGGGGGGCUGGACUGCAGUGAGAGCUGUGCCAUCAUGAUGGACAACGGCUCCGACAGCAGCUCCACGCACGCCAACAACAUCAACCACAACACCGAGCCUCUGCCCAUAGAGCUGGACCAGAUGGUGGGUAAGGGCCGCUUUGCUCAGGUCUACAAGGCCAAGCUGAAGCAGACCACGUCGGAUCAGUUCGAGACGGUCGCAGUGAAGAUUUUCCCAUAUGAAGAAUACGCCUCCUGGAAAACAGAGAAAGACAUUUUCUCAGACACGGACCUCAGGCACGAGAACGUCCUGCACUUUCUCACAGCCGAGGAGAGGAAGGUGGAGCGGCAGUACUGGCUCAUCACUGCCUUUCACUCCAGAGGGAAUUUACAGGAGUACCUGACCCGCCAUGUGAUCAGCUGGGAGGACCUGCAGGUGCUGGGCAGCUCUUUGUCCCGAGGAGUGGCUCACCUCCACAGUGACCACCUGCCCUGCGGACGGCCUAAGUACGUCAUUGUCAGCCACCUGCAGUUCAUGCUCAAGUUUCAUCACUCUUGA